AUGGAACCAGAGCAAUCCAUGCCGAGAGAUGCCACUCCUAGUGCUCAAGCUAUGACCUCAAACGAGACUAAGACUUCCACCAUUUUGGCAAAUAACUCGUCAUCGGUUACAAUAAGUAUUAGUAGUGGUAUUGGUUCCUCAUCUUCUUCAAUAUCAUCAUCUAUUAAAGAUCUUUGCCGUUGCUCCAAAUUCUUUAGGACACUAAAUAUUGGUGUCCCAAAGAGUAACUCCACUGAAAAAAAACUGGCAUGGUUGCGCUCUCAAAUCGUUGGUGAUGGUGUAGAGUUUGAUUCUCCCUUUGGAAAAAGAAGACUCACCUAUGCUGAUCAUACUGCCUCCGGCCGACCUCUUUACUAUAUAGAAAAUUUUAUAAUCAACAAUGUUCUUCCCUUUUACGGGAAUACACACACUAGUGACAGUCAUGUGGGGCAUCGGACCACAAAAAUGUUGCAUGAAGCUGCUGAGUAUAUCAAGAAAUGCUUAGGUGGUGGGCAAAAUGAUGCAAUCAUGUUUUGUGGCUCAGGCACAACCGCAGCUAUUAAAAGAUUACAAGAAGUGAUGGGCAUUGCCGUGCCAUCAGUUUUGAGAGAGAGGGCAAUUAAAUGCCUAGGUAACGAAGAGAGAUGGGUGGUUUUUGUCGGUCCUUAUGAGCACCACUCGAAUCUGCUCUCAUGGAGACAAAGCUUAGCUGAAGUGGUAGAAAUAGGUUUAGAUGACGAUGGUUUGAUAGACGUGGAAGAUGUAAGACGACGACUUGAAUCAUAUAAAUGUGCCAACAGGCCCAUUUUGGGUUCCUUUUCAGCCUGUAGCAAUGUGACUGGGAUUUGCUCAGAUACUCGAGGAAUUGCUCAACUUCUUCAUCAAUAUGGUGGUUUUGCUUGUUUUGAUUUUGCUGCAAGCGGUCCAUAUGUGGAAAUAGACAUGAGAUCUGGAGAGAUUGAUGGUUAUGAUGCAAUUUUCCUUAGCGCACACAAAUUUCUUGGGGGGCCUGGAUCGCCGGGAAUACUUCUGAUGAGCAAAGCCCUUUAUCAGUUGGGAUCUUCUGCUCCAUCAACUUGUGGAGGUGGAACUGUUAACUAUGUAAAUGGUUUCAAUGAAAAGCAUACAUUGUACUUGAACGACAUAGAAGAGAGAGAGAAUGGUGGAACUCCUCAAAUAACCCAAACCAUUAGAGCUGCAUUGGCCUUUUGGGUUAAAGAGUACAUUAGCUACCAAGUGAUUGAGAAACAAGAGAAAAUGUACACAGAAAAGGCACUCAACAGCCUUGUUCCAAAUAAGAAUAUAUGGGUUUUAGGUAACACUACAACAGCCAAACGACAAGCUAUUUUGUCCUUCCUCAUAUACUCUACGACAAACUCUUCCUCAACUGGCAUAAAACAUGAGAGUAAUAGAAUUGAUAGCGAAGACAUCAAUGAUGGGAUUCUUUACAUGUGGAGAGAGACGGGGAACGAAAGAGGCAAACCUCUUCAUGGACCUUUCGUAGCAGCACUCCUUAAUGACCUAUUUGGUAUUCAAGCUCGAGGUGGUUGUGCUUGUGCUGGACCUUAUGGUCACACUUUGCUGCAUGUCAAUGAGCCUACCUCUCUGGCCUUCAGAUCUGCCAUAGAAAAGGGUUAUGCUGGAGUGAAGCCAGGAUGGACGAGAGUUAGCUUCCCGUACUCCAUGUCCAAUGAGGAAUUUGAGUUCAUUCUGACUGCAAUUGAGUUUAUAGCCAUUUACGGCCAGCGAUUUCUUCCAUUAUAUCACUUCAAUUGGAAAACUGGUACCUGGACUUUCAAGAAAAGGGAAUUGAAGGGCGUAGUAGAUAAAGAAAACAAUAGCGAUAUUAAUAAGUUUGAAUCAUAUUUGACAAGAGCUAAACUAAUUGCAAAUCUGCUUCCCGAAAUCCCUUCCCAACGUAAGAUUCCUCAGGACAUAGACCUCAACCUCUUGUACUUCCGAGUCUAG